CUGAAGUACACAGACAGUCACCUCCAGCAGAUCACAGUACAAGCCUUACUUACAUUACUAAUACAGCUUGUGCUGCUUGGGAACUGCAAACAGGGGAGCAGCAGCUUCCCAUCCACACCUUUUGGACGGAUCCCAGCAAUAACCACAUAGCAAAGGGAGAGGGAGGGUCACCCUGAAUAUCAAUAAUAACAGAAUACUAACAGGAGUUCCUUGCUGCUCAUGCUUCCGGGUGGCGAGUGAGUACCUCCUGCAAGAUCCCUGUGAUCUCUACCCCCGCUCACCUGCAUCUCCUGCAGCUAAUCCCCCACCCUCCCGGUCCUGUGCCCUGCUUACUGCAGACUCAUGGCUGAGCUAAGGAGAAGAGGAGCUGGGGAGACUGAGCAAGGCUUCAGUGAGAAGGAACCGGUUCUAGAUGAUAAAUAUGCAGACGGAGAUGCUGAUUCAGCAUGUGAUGCAGAUGUUCCUGAUGUCCCCGAUGUUCCACUCUCAUCUGACACCACUCCAAAGGUUCUCACAAAGGCUUUAUCUGGAUUGUCCUCCAGAUGGAAAAAUUGGUGGAUCCGGGGAAUUUUCAGUUUAUCAAUGAUAUCAUUAUUCUUCCUGCUCAUCUAUAUGGGUCCUGUUAUGCUGAUUAUUCUGGUGUCUGCCAUUCAGGUGAAAUGCUUCCAUGAAAUAAUAUCUAUCGGGCACAAAGUCUAUCGAUCCUACGAGUUACCAUGGUUUAGAACACUGUGUUGGUACUUUCUGUUGUGCGUUAACUACUUUUUCUAUGGCGAGACCCUAGCGGAUUACUUUGCAAACUAUGUGCAGAGAGAAGAAUUGCUUCAGUUCCUUAUUCGCUACCAUCGCUUCAUUUCAUUUGCACUUUAUGUUAUAGGUUUCUGCAUGUUUGUUAUCAGCUUAGUGAAGAAGCAAUAUCGCCUGCAAUUUUACAUGUUUGGCUGGACCCAUGUCACUUUGCUGAUCACUGUCACUCAAUCUCAUCUAGUCAUCCAAAACCUUUUUGAAGGGAUGAUCUGGUUUCUUGUUCCAGUCUGCAUUGUCAUCUGUAAUGACAUAAUGGCCUAUAUGUUUGGGUUCUUCUUUGGCAGGACACCAUUAAUUAAGCUGUCUCCAAAAAAGACCUGGGAAGGAUUCAUCGGAGGUUUCUUAAUGACAGUUGUAUUCGCAUUUGCAUUUUCCUACAUCUUUGUCCAGUUUCAGUAUUUUGUGUGUCCUUUGGAGUAUCACAAUGAAACAAACAGCUUCUCUGCAGAGUGUAAACCUUCUGAAAUUUUCAGGCUCCAAAAAUAUGCUGUCCCACAUUUCCUGCAAGUCCUAAUAGGAUGGGAAGCUGUUAGCAUGUACCCAUUUCAGAUUCACAGUAUUGCACUGUCAACGUUCGGAUCACUGAUUGGACCUUUUGGAGGCUUCUUUGCCAGCGGUUUCAAGAGAGCCUUUAAAAUUAAGGACUUUGCCAACACCAUACCUGGUCAUGGAGGUAUUAUGGAUCGUUUUGAUUGUCAGUAUUUAAUGGCCACUUUUGUUCAUGUGUACAUCACAAGCUUCAUAAGGGGUCCUAAUCCUAGCAAAGUCCUUCAGCAGCUACUCAUUCUGCAACCUGAACAACAACUUAACAUCUAUAAGACCUUGAAGGCCCAUUUGGUCGAGAAAGGGGUUCUUGAAGGAGCACUUCCUGAUCUAUAACUAAAUGGCAUAUUUAAUUUCUUGACUGUAUAAAUAACAGAAAUAGCCAUUCAAUUGGACCCAAACCAAAGGCUUAAAUCCUUUAUUUAUAGAUCUACUUUUUCCAGGAUGGAUUGAGGAUCAACUACAUGAAGGAACGAGACUUGACUUUGUAUCUUCCUGUACACAUGUAUUUUUGGAAACGUAAGGGAAAUGCUCAAUUAAGUAGUGAAUCUACUGAUCUUUUUAUUUUAUUUUAUCUUUAUUUAAAAAAAAAAAAAUUGAACUUCAUCGAAAUGGAGAUCUAUAAAACAAAUAAGGUUAUGCUAUUUAAUUAGACCAAUCAUGGGUUUUUGUGACCAGAAUGAACAUUGUUUCAAUUUGGAUUAAUCUUAAAUACAGAUUGACCUUUGCCAAAGCUUACAUCACCUUUCACAGACAGCACAGACAUAAGUGCCGUAUAUUAGUGUAUUUUAGCCCGUAUAUACAGAAACCUAUACUUAAAAAUGCAAAAUAACCUACAAACUCCAGCAAGAAUUUCAGAAAUGCCUUUAAGACAGGAAGCAGAUUAACCAGGCUUAUUUUCAUAAAGCAUAAAGUUUACGGUUUACCAGUCACUCCCACCACUUUGAUUGGUAGGGUUUUUAAAGUUAAUUACUGAUAUAGGGAGAAAUGGGAGGACGUUUCCAUUAAUAACCUGCAGUAAAGAGUAAGCAAAUGUGGAUAUCUACAGCACAGUCUGUAAUUUAUUUUAUAUUUUUUUUGCUUGAUAGGCAGCUGUUGUACAUAGCAUACAUCAAAUAAUUAUAGUUUUAUUUAUGAUAGAGGAAAUGGAGCACAAUAUAAAUCAUGUCUGUGUGUAUAUAUAUAUAUAGCCUGCUUUUUAUAUUCUGCUUUAAAAGCAGAAAUCUGAGCAGUAGUUAUAUUAGCCUAGCCUGUUCCAGGGCUUAGCGUUUGACUCUCCCCAAAUUACUGUACAUCUGCUUUCACACUUGUUAAGGGGUAUACCUACAAAUGUUCCCUGCUGUAAACUUAUAGAAUGGUUUUAUCGAACGUAGGCGUUCUCCAUGCUUUUGCACUAUUUUGCAUAAAGAAUUAUGAAAAUUUAGUUCCGACUGCUGGAUCACAAUAACUGACAAGGGUAUGUUAUUCAAUGUAAUGAAUUCUCUGUUAUACCACUAUCCUACCUAAAACAAUUGUAUUAACUUUCCUAAGUUUUGAUUCUGGCACUGCUGGGUUUACAGGUUUGGAAGAUUCUGCAUGCUAUGUGCUAAAAGGCCAGUGCAGAAUGUCUACCAGUUAAGUAGAAGUGUGUUUAUAACUAUUCCAACCAAAAGUGCAUGGUGCUUGAAACAAUAAACUGAUCAAAAGCACUGUAGUGUUUCAGCUAAUACAAUGCCAAUAUUAACCAAUACCGUGUUGCGCUUAGAAAACCAUUGAAAUUGAAGAAAAUCUAAAGUGCGAUAUUUAUAUAAUACUUAUAAAGUGUCACGAUAAUAGCAAAAAAGUGCCAAUCAUUGCUAGACUUGUACAGGUCUAAUUAAAAUGUUCCUACAAAGAAAAAUAAAUAAAUAUAUAGUGCAUAUUGUUUACAAAAAGGUAAUUCUUAUUAAUCCCCCUAUGUGGAACACUCACAUGCACCAGAGCUGCUUCAGGUCAGAUGAUUCCCACAUGAUUGGGCGAAAAGCUUUGAAGCCGAUAACGGUGGUGGGUGAAUGUGUCCACCACAUAAUCAGAAUUCCCAGGAUCACCUGAACUGUAGAAGAUGGCAUUGCUUACUGUAUUUCAAGCACGAUUUGUGAGUUUCCCUAUACAGUAAGCUCACACACAUUUUAUGUAAGCGCUUUUUAUCUUGUUUGUCUUGAAAUAAAACUAACAGCCCCCUCUGUUCUCUUUUCUGCUUUAUUGUUGCAGCAUAUAUGUGGGAAGGUGUAGGGGCUGGAUGGGGUAUUAACCUUUAUCAUUACGAGUGCUUUAAACUCAGAGCCAGGCAUAAGAGGGUCUGGUGCAUGUGAUUGUGCCAAAAGAGAAUCAGAUUAU